CGACCUGUACUACAAUGACUACGCCAAAGGCGACCUCUUUGGCAAGCUAUUCGAACAUGAAGCAUGAAGAAAGCAUAACGCUAGAUUUCCUACCGCUCGUGCCCUUCUCUGGUACCCAUUAGAACCUAGAAAGUUGUGACCAAUCCCGGGCGAGCGCGGCAUUGACGAACUGCCUUUGAAACUGUGAAUACAUAUACUGGUGAAAAUCCUGCCUCGAUUAUCAUGCAAACUUGCUUAAAACCUUCUCCAAGAAUUCCAGGCGCAUAUAUAUUCAUAUCUUGGCAGAGUUGCUGCUGCUACCAUCCCUUUUCUGUGCAUGCUGUUUGCUCGAGCGUUGUGCUAGUUUUCCUCAAAUGUCGCACCUUCCUGUUUAACGGGUAUUACUUCGUCCCGACUCUGAGUGAGUUCUUAGCUGCACAAUUCUGGACAUCCAAUUGGCACUGUUUCCCAGAGGACUGUCUUUGUAUGUAUCUUCCACCCCUGCCGUUGAGCACCAUCGAUGCCGUUCUAACCGAACUGCCGCGGUCGCCUUGGGAAGGUUGGAACACGACCAACUUGAGGAUAGAUGGAAUAUCUCGCCUAGUACGUUCCUGGAUUCUCUAUAUUCAGACUGAUCUGUUGUGCGAUCAUUUUGAUCGAGAUUCAGCCUCUUUGACUAUAACUGUAACUGUAUCGGGCUGUUCAUGGUUAGGCUCAUGCACUGCCACCGCAAGGGUUGUUGACGCUUUUCUCUUCAUUGCCAACUCGCGCUUUUCCGUGGCUGCGUUCCAAUUACGAGCCUACUAAUCGUGUUCCACUGACAUCCGCCAAAUCAUGGGUGCCGAUGCAGGGCAAAGGGGUGAUCAUUGAUCGCCACCCCAGUGUUUCU